UAAUGGAUUGCCUUUUUAGUUUACAGAGUUGGACUAAGUUCUGAACAAAAAAAAAGUGUGUACCGUUUGUUCGUCAAGCUAUAUUGGAUACUACGUGUUUCUUUUUGGAGUUCUGAUUUUAGUAGAGUGGUAAAACCUGUACUUCUCAGCGUUGGCCUAAAUUUGAACAACAAUUUUAAAAAACAAAAACAGUGUUGUCUUUACAGCAGAGAAAGCGCAAAAUAAGUUGUGACUUGUGUUCUGAGGAUGUGGUUAACCACCAAUCCAGUUUCAUAUUCAACAUAUCAUAUCUGAUUUUGUUGAACUGUUCCACCAAAAAGUCAUUUUGUGUAUAAACGACAGUCCGAUACGGCAAUCUGGUUUCCAGUGAGACUCGUCACUUCAUUGUCGGCUUGCGACUCGUGUGGACUCGGCUCCUUGGCUGAGAACUGAGAGAGGCACGUUCGAAAGUGUAUACACCUAACUGCGCAACCACUUGUCGCAUUUUGGAUGUCUUUCCAAUCUCAACUAGUAAAAAAAUCACCCGCAUAUUACUCGGAUUGCGAAGAAAACAACUGCCCUUUUAGUGUAGUUCUUCGUUUCCAGACAUAGAUUGUAUCAUUUGCGUGCUGACUAUUGUUUACCUAGGCCCCGCAUUAUGUUGAAGUUGUCAGAAGGCUCUAUGAUGGAUGACGUAUCAGACUACAUGACACCAAUACCAAUCUUUCUUCCAGAAUUGCAAAAUCCCAGUGACAAUCAGACCGAAUUCCAGUCACAGCAUGAGUUUUCUCCCGACAGAAACGAAAACACCAACCGAAAUCAUUUGGCGACAAGCAGCUUCUGCUUGCAAUUGACAUUCAACGGAAUCCGAGGAGCCGAUCGGCCAUCCUCCAUUCAGUUAUCAUCUCAGUCCUUGGAAGACGAGGCCAGGCAAUCCGAGGAACAACUAGCUGCCAGCCGGCAGACAUUGUCUAUACUAGAGGAUGAAGUGCUCAAACUUGAACGAGCCAACAAAGAAUUGUGUUCCGAAAGCGAGAUUAGGGAGUUGUUAGUUUUAGAACAGGCUAUUAAUCGCUUGGAAGAAGAGCUGGCCCAGUGUCGAACCUCUGCUAUCAACAGCAGCGAGGAACUAGUUCUUAAAACAGCCGCGGCCAAAGCUACUCGUACUAAACGUUUCGAAACCGAGUGCGCAUUAAGGGAACUUCAACUCAGUAUUUGUCGUCGUAAGCUCGAAUACGCUACGGCUAAAGCUUUGAAUGAGGAAGAUGAGGGUAGUUGCUCUUCUGACGAAGAUUCGUCCAUCUCCGUCUCUAACCUACCUGAAGAAGAGGAACGGAUCAACAUUUUACAAAACGAAUUAGAAGAAUUGAACCAAUUAAACAACCGUGCACUUUCAGAAGCUAAGGAAGCCGAACUAUUGAACGCUAACAGACAAAGUGAAUUGGCACGGGCUCAGUUGGAUGUGGAGCAAAAAAUUUCCAUGGGAAGGAGCGAGUGCGAAGCUCGGCGUCAAAACCUGGAUGAAAAACGUCGACAGCUGGAAAUAAAUUGUUCUUAUCUGAAUGCAGAAGAACUCCAACAAAAAUUAUACUUUUUGCUUGAACAACUCCAGGAAAUGGCUAGACAGCUCCCUCUACAAUAUCAGCAACGAAUGCCAUACGAGCUGUUAUCUGGCCUGGCCAACUGUCUUUUGAAUGAAACCAUAUUUAAGAUUGUAGAAGGCCUCACGGAAAUACAACAGGUCACAGAGAAACAACUACUCCAACAGCGUUUAAAGCUACUGCACAGACAUCGAGCUGAGAAGGAAGCCCUGGCCAAGAAAACACCUGACUCUGUAACUGAGGCUGAAAAAAUGCAAGUAGCCAACCACCCAGUUGAAUUAAAGCAAGCUGAUAUGAAUCUUAUACUUCAGUUAGACCAAGUUGUAGCUGAUCAACAAGGCACACUUGAAAAAGCUGGAGUCCCAGGUUUUUAUUUAACCAGCAACCCUCAAGAGAUACAAGUUCAAAUGUAUGUGUUGGAAUUUAUUUUAAAACUGGGAAAAGAAUCAGAAAAUAAUACUUCAUGAUAUUCAUGAACUGCUACAAAAUA